GGCGCGUCUCUGUGCCCGUGUGUUUGUCUGGGGAGAAGAGGCUUGGGUGACAGACCAGAGGUUGGGAGAAGAGUUAGCCAGCUGGACUCGCAGUCUCACUCCCUGAUUUCUCGGCGGCGGGACCGAGACCGCCUCCGCAGGAGGCUGGCCCAUCUUCCCGCACCGCCGUCGUCCUCCUGUGGCCGCUCCUCUCCCAGCCAGGCAGAUUGGUCGUCACCCUCGCUAGUCGGCAGCUUUACGACCCCAUGUGUCUCAAGCCUUGCGGUGGGCACCGAACACCCCUGGGACCACAAAGUGGGAUGUUGUUCGGACAAUCGCCCUAAGUGACCCGGUACUGGGCCCAGGUCGCUCCAGCUUCUGGCCACCGUCUGAGAGACGGCGGCGGAGGGGAUGAGCACCGGACGCGCAAAGCGCCUACCGCGAGCUAUCCCCGGGAGGUGGACACCUAGCAGGGCUCCUCGAAGGACCGCGCGGACCUUUACCUCCCCCGGUACAAGGUGGAGAAAACUUCCUGUUGUGCCUCGGGGAUAGAUGCUCUGGGCACCUCCCUACUGCUGAGAUGUUCUGCUUUCAGGCUCUGCCAUCCUCAGCCCGGGUCUCUGGAGGGGACGACUGAGUGGCUCCGACAUCAGCCCAUCGUGCAGGUGGAUGAAAAUUGCCGGAGGCCUUGUAUGGGAUCAGCAAUCACAUUUUAAGAGCCAUGGACGAAGGGGCUGCGCAGUCCCGGGCCCAAGAACAGCUAGAGGCACCUUCCCUGGUAGGAGCUGUCCAAGAGAACUGGGAGUCGGAGUCCUUCAGGUCCAAGAGUUUACCGGUCCUGCACAGCGCCUCCUGCCGGCAGAAUCUCAGUGCUGGGAAUGCAGAUGGCAAACUGGCCUUGAGCAGCACUGAAGCUUCAGGUCACCAGGAGACACAUCCCGGACGGAACUUGAUAGUCCCUAGCCCUUCUGCUCCAUCUACUUCUGCAGGCACUACAACGGAACUCAUGGACUGUAACCACAGGAGGGACCCCAGCAAAACUGUGUCAGUAUCUUCCACUUUGGCCACACUCCAGGAGAGAAGGUGUCUUUACGUGGUCCUUCACGGUUCUCGCUGCUUCCUAGUGUGCAUGUGUUUUCUGACUUUCAUCCAGGCGUUAAUGGUCUCGGGCUACCUGAGCAGCGUCAUCACCACCAUCGAAAGGCGCUAUAGCCUGAAGAGUUCGGAGUCAGGGCUGCUGGUCAGCUGCUUUGAUAUAGGAAACCUAGUGGUGGUGGUGUUCGUCAGCUACUUUGGUGGCCGUGGGAGAAGGCCCCUGUGGCUGGCCGUGGGUGGACUUCUUAUCGCCAUCGGGGCUGCGCUCUUCGCCUUACCUCACUUCAUCUCGCCUCCCUAUCAAAUCCAAGAGUUGAACGCUUCGGCCUCCAACGAUGGCCUUUGUCAGAAUGGCAACUCCACAGCCAUCUUGGAGCCUCCUCCCUGUCCCAAGGACUCGGGAGGAAACAGUCACUGGAUCUACGUGGCUUUAUUCGUCUGUGCACAGGUUCUCAUUGGAAUGGGCUCCACGCCGAUUUACACCCUGGGACCAACCUAUUUAGAUGACAACGUCAAGAAAGACAAUGCAUCCUUGUACCUAGCCAUCAUGUACGUCAUGGGUGCACUUGGCCCCGCAGUGGGAUACUUACUAGGUGGGCUACUCAUUGGCUUUUAUGUGGAUCCCAGAAAUCCCGUCCUCCUUGAUCAGAAUGACCCUCGUUUCAUCGGAAACUGGUGGAGUGGAUUCCUUCUUUGUGCCAUUGCAAUGUUUCUUGUGAUAUUCCCAAUGUUUACUUUUCCAAAAAAGCUUCCACCUCGACACAAGAAAAAGAAAAAAUUUUCUGCUGAUGUUGUUAGCGACGAUGACAUCAUCAAGGAGAAAUCAAACACAAGCGAGCAAGUGAACAAAAAAGUUUCUUCAAUGGGCUUUGGAAAGAAUGUCAGAGACCUACCAAGAGCAGCUGUCAGGAUCUUAAGCAACAUGACAUUCCUUUUUGUGAGUCUGUCAUACACAGCCGAGAGUGCCAUUGUCACCGCUUUCAUUACCUUCAUCCCCAAGUUCAUCGAGUCACAGUUUGGUAUCCCAGCUUCCAAUGCCAGCAUCUACACUGGUGUCAUCAUUGUCCCCAGCGCUGGUGUUGGCAUUGUCCUGGGAGGCUACAUCAUAAAAAAACUGAAGCUCGGUGCCAGGGAAUCUGCAAAACUCGCAAUGAUCUGCAGUGGGGUGUCUUUGCUGUGCUUCUCAACCCUGUUCAUUGUUGGAUGUGAAAGCAUUAACCUGGGAGGCAUAAACAUCCCUUACACGACGGGACCGUCUCUGACCAUGCCCCAUAGGAAUCUGACAGGAAGCUGUAAUGUUAAUUGUGGUUGUAAAAUACAUGAAUAUGAACCAGUCUGUGGAUCAGAUGGGAUCACGUACUUCAACCCUUGUCUGGCUGGCUGCAUUAACAGUGGCAAUCUUACCACAGGGGUCCGAAAUUACACAGAGUGCACUUGUGUCCAAAGCCGACAAGUGAUCACCCCGCCCACAGUGGGGCAGCGCAGCCAACUGCGAGUGGUCAUCGUGAAGACCUAUCUCAAUGAGAACGGCUACGCUGUGUCUGGGAAGUGCAAGCGAGCCUGCAAUACCCUCAUCCCCUUCUUGGUCUUCCUUUUCAUAGUUACCUUCAUCACAGCGUGUGCUCAACCGUCAGCCAUUAUAGUGACACUCAGGUCUGUGGAAGAUGAGGAAAGGCCCUUCGCGUUGGGGAUGCAGUUUGUUCUGCUGCGAACACUUGCGUACAUUCCUACUCCGAUUUACUUUGGAGCCGUGAUUGACACCACCUGUAUGCUCUGGCAGCAGGAGUGCGGGGUGCAGGGCUCCUGCUGGGAGUACAACGUGACGUCAUUUCGUUUCGUCUACUUUGGCCUGGCGGCUGGCCUCAAGUUUGUUGGCUUCAUUUUCAUUUUCCUGGCCUGGUACUCUAUCAAGUACAAAGAGGACGAGCUGCAGAGGCGGCGGUGCAGAGACUUCCCGCUGAGCACUGUGAGCGAGCAAGUGGGCCGGCCCAGCAAAGCCGAGAAAUACUCCCGGACUACAUCGUGCCCAGCCUUCAGCACCCAGGGGGAAUCCCACGAGGAAACUGCUCUGCAGAAGGGAUUCCCGGGCACCACACAGACAUAUCCUGGACCUUUCUCAGAAGCAGAAAGUUCCUCUGCAGACCCAGGGCUGGACGAGAGCCUCGAUGCCGCUCUGUAGCAUCCCUGCUGGAGCCUGGAGAAGGAAGACUUGUGUUGUUGGUUGAGUUGAACACGGCAAGUUGAGAAACACCUGUGCCUUCUUUCCUUUUGUAAACCUCCACAGACACAAUCCUCAAACCAACAACACUCAGUACACACAGCCACUGUUGCUGAGGGCUGGGUACCUCAACGGGACGGACAGCCUUCCCCCUGCAGGGAGGAGCUUAGCUAGAUCUGUCGCCAUGUCUGCUAGGUUCACUUAAUGUUCACGCUCCCGUUGGGUAGAAGCCCGAGGUCCAUGGUUAACCACGGGAAAGGCUAUGACCAUACAUAUCAUUAGCAUACACUCCAGACAAAGGUGAGCUUCACCGGGACUUUGCAUUUGCAAGUCAAGAGUUUUUAGAUUUGAGCACCUACUGUGAGCUCUGCAGCAAAGCACAACUGAAUUUGCCUCAACUAUGCAAUUUGAUUGGAAAUAGAAAAGUGUGGCAUGUCCCUUUGGCUUUCAGAGAGCAAAGCAGAUACGUUUUUCCUUUAGUGGAAGCUGAAUGUUCCCUAAAGCACUGUUAAUCGCAAUUUAAGCCAUAACAGACUUAUCAAUCAGGUAAAAAAAAAAAAACAAAAAACCUUCAAAUGCUUCAAUGCUUCAAAGAACUGUAUUAUUGUGCAAUGGAAGGGUUUCUUGAGAAGUAUUUUCUCUAAGUCCGUUCACUCCAUCUUAAGGUAGAUCAAGAGGCUGCUGACUCGCACGUCUGAUAGCUUGAAUAUAUAAACUACAGUAUUCUUUCCUAAGGGGCUUUAAAACUAGUGUGCUA